CGUCAGCGUCAACAACACCUGCAUGGCUGAUGGCAGUUGGACUCCGCACGUGAUUAAUUGCACAGGUCCCUACGUCGGACUGACCACACCUAAUAUCGGCACAUACACCUUCCAACAGAUAUCAACCAGCAACCUUCAAACUAUCGCAGGCGGCACCUCCACCGUGGUAUUUCUGGUCAAGACGUGCUACGAUGCCAACUUUGCCCUACACACAAAUCCCAACAAGUAUGCUACUGCUAUGUAUGAGGUGUCAUUUGGUGGUCACGGUAACUCCAGGUCCUUUAUCAAUGGGUGCCUUCAGUGCAAUAACAAGGCUUCCCUCUUUGAAUCAUCUAUUGUAUCCUGCAACAAGUACAGACCAUUUUGGCUCAGCUGGAAGAAUGGCGUCAUCUCUGCAGGAAAGGGACUGGUUGCUGGGAGCGAUCAAUUCAUGGAAUGGACCCCAGCUAGUCCCAUUGUAAUAAAUCACGUUAGUAUCAGCACCUAUAAUAAUAAUCCAGGCACAUGGCUCUUCCUAGAGCAGUAGAACCGUC